AUGAAGGUUAUCUUAUGGAACUGUCGUGGCGCGGGGAAGCCUUCUUUUGCCCCGGCCUUUCGGAGGAUUGUGCAGUUGCAUAGACCGGAGAUUUGUGUACUGCUUGAGACCCGUUUAUCUGGGAGGAGCCUUCAGAAGGCCAGGAGGGCGAUACCUCGAUCGUGGGGCUUUUAUGCUGUGGAGUCUAGCGGUUUGUCGGGUGGUAUCAUUGUUACGUGGAUGCAGGGUGCUUGUAGUUUGGAUGUGUUCCAUGUGUGUUCUCAGGAGGUGGUUAUGGUGAUCUCGGAGGGUAGUGGAGGUUCAUGGGUGCUUUCUGCGGUGUAUGCCAGUACUGACUUCAGGGAGAGACGGAUACUGUGGGAUGAGGCCUCUCAGUUGAUUAGUCAGGGGUACCCUAUGUUGAUGGCUGGUGAUUUUAACUGUAUUGUUGAUCCUCAGGAGAAGAGGGGGGGGAGGCCUUUCACAUUUGAGAGGAAGGUCAUGGAGUUCCAGGACUUUCUGACCUCGAAUGGAUUGAUUGACUUGGGGUUUUCUGGGUCUAAGUUCACAUGGUGCAACAAUCAGCAGGGCCAAGCUAGAGUAUGGGAGUGA